GAAAAAGGAAUUACUAUUAAAUUAAAUGCGGUCCAACUAUAUUAUCCACCAGAAAACCCCGAACCUUAUGUUUUUAAUUUGAUUGACACGCCGGGACAUGUGGAUUUUAUGUAUGAAGUAUCUCGCUCGUUGGCUGCUUGUGAAGGAGUAAUUCUAUUAGUAGAUGCCACCAAAGGAAUUCAAGCCCAAACCCUUGCCUACUACGAAAUUGCUAAAAAUCUUAAUUUAAAAAUCUUACCAGUAAUUAAUAAAAUUGAUUUGCCUCACACUCAAUUAGAGACUACCAAAAACCAACUUAUUGAACUUCUGCAUUGUCAAGAGAAUGAUAUCUGUUUAAUUUCAGCCAAAACCGGAAAAAAUGUUGAUGAACUAUUAGAAAAAAUUAUUUCUGACAUUCCAGCCCCACAAUAA